AUGUCCACUCAAGACUAUGACUAUCUCUUCAAAGUGAUAAUUAUCGGUGACUCUGGAGUUGGUAAGAGUAACAUUCUCUUAAGAUAUACUGAUGAUUUAUUCUCAAAUCAAUUCAUCUCAACAAUUGGAGUCGAUUUCAGAAUUCAUACCAUUGAUGUUGAUGAUAAGAAGGUGAAGAUGCAAAUAUGGGAUACAGAAGGCCAAGAAAGAUUUCUUGCAAUCACAAGAUCAUAUUUUGGAUAUUCACAUGUUGCUUUGAUUGUCUACGAUAAAACAAAUAAGGAAAGCUUUGAAAAAGUCAGCUUUUGGAUGAAUGAACUCGAUCAAAAAUGUGAUAAAAACCUUCUCAGGGUUAUUGUUGGCAAUAAAGCAGAUCUCAAGGAACUUGAGUAUAUCACUGAAGAACAAGGAAAGAACCUAGCAAAUCAAUAUGGUUGCUUAUUUGCUGAAACAAGUGCAAAAGAGGAUAUAGGAAUUGACGAAGUCUUCCUUCUUUGUGCACAAACUCUUGUUAAACGAGGAAUUAAUAGUAAUCCACUUCCAAUCCAAAUUGUCUCCCUACCACCAGGCCAAAAGGUUGGAACUUGCUGCUAA